CAAAUACUUGCGUAAGAGACACACAUUAGGUUUUUACCAGAGAAAGAGAGUCAACGAAGAAAUGUCUUUGAUUACUACGGAAGCAUCGCCGAGUCUCUCCCUCAUAGAGAAUGGCGGCGGAAGCGACAAGCGUACGGCGGAGUUGUCGAGAAGUAACCGGAGAACGGUACAGAAUCUAUCGGCGACGUCGUUGAUGAGGAAUAGAUCGGAUCUGAAGCUGAUUUCGAGAGUUCGUUGGGAGUUUAUGAAGAGAAUGUUAACGAAUCUUCAGGAAGUUCUUCUCGGCACAAAACUCUUCCUUCUCUUUCCCGCUGUUCCCCUUGCCGUCGUCGCUCACCGCUAUGGAUGUCCACGUGCGUGGGUGUUUGCGUUGAGCUUGCUUGGAUUGAUACCUUUGGCUGAACGUAUUAGUUUUCUCACAGAGCAAAUUGCUUUCCAUACUGGUCCAACAGUCGGGGGAUUAAUGAACGCGACAUGUGGGAAUGCAACGGAGAUGAUAAUAGCGAUUCUAGCGGUUGGACAGAGGAAGAUGAGGAUUGUAAAACUCUCACUUCUUGGCUCUAUCCUCUCCAAUCUUCUCUUCGUCUUGGGCACUUCUCUCUUCUUUGGUGGUCUCUCCAAUCUCCGCAAACACCAAUCUUUUGACCGAAGACAAGGAGAUAUGAACUGCAUCUUGCUGUUUCUUGCGCUAUUAUGUCAUACACUACCAAUGAUAUUAAGAUUCGCAACAGAGGCUGCUGGGGGAUCAGCAACAAAUGCUACUAACGUUUUAGUAGUUCAUCCAACAAGAAACGAAGAUGGAUCAGAUGUUCUUGUCUUGUCAAGAGCAAGCAGCUUCUUGAUGCUCUUUGCUUACUUGGCUUUCCUCAUCUUUCACCUCUUCUCUUCUAGUCUCACUCCUCCACCUCCACCUCCACCUCCUCAGAGGGAAGAAGAAGAAGAAGAUGUUUAUGACGAUAACGUGAGUGACAAGGAAGAAGAAGAAGCCGUGAUUGGAAUGUGGAGUGCGAUUCUCUGGCUUAUUACAAUGACACUACUCGUUGCUUUGCUCUCCGACUAUCUUGUCUCCACUAUUCAGGACGCAGCAGACUCGUGGGGAUUAUCGGUGGCAUUCAUAGGAAUAAUAUUGUUACCAAUUGUUGGUAAUGCAGCUGAGCAUGCUGGUGCCGUCAUCUUUGCCUUCCGUAACAAACUCAACUUUAAACUCCAAUGUUUAUGGGAGCCAUUACACAUGCUUCAUUCCAGAGGGCUUGCUUUGCCAAAGUAUCAGCCUCUCCAUUUCUAUUUCGUUGAAUCGAAAAAAAGGAGAUAGAAUCGAAAGCUAAAGAAAGACAGCCUAUGUCAGCCACGAUGCCAUAGAUUUCUGUUACUUGUUGCCCUGAAUUGAGUGCGUUAACCAGUAGGAGUGAGUCUGUUUCACAUCGUAAUUGCCGGAUGUUCUUCUCAAAACAGAAUUGCAGUGCUUCCCGUAGCGCCAGGCCCUCUGCUACCAGAGGAGAAUUGACGUAGUGACAGUGUGCUAGGAUCGAUACCUUCUCUGUUCCUUCUCCCACAAUCCAGCCGAGUCCCGCUAGUUGAAGAUCUUCUCUCCAAGCUGCGUCCGUUUGAAGCAGCGUUGAGUUUGGUAAUCUGUUUGGGGCUGAGCUGCUCUGUGUUGGUGGUUUAGUGGGUGAUUCAGGUAUUUG